CCCCCCAUAUCGUGAACCAACCAGGGUUCUAUGACUCUGCUUUCUACCAACCCCUGGUAGUGAUAUUAGGCAUCAGGCCCAGAUUUUCUGCAACACCCGACUCCUCGGCCUUGUCAGGCUUGUCUGCAGAAAGCACCAAUCCAACAAAAAAAAAAAAACUAAAUUCCUGCAUGUUACUCCUGGCGAAUUUUUUGACAUAUUGUAAGCAGUUCUUUUCUUUUUAUACAAUCGCAUGGGCCACUAGGUUGAGGAACACGCGUAGUAACGUAUGAUUUGAAACAAGACCAGGAAUGGCUUGUUUAUCAAUGGAGAAUCGUCCUCUUAAGAAAUUGCGAUUAGGACCGCCUGAUGUUUACCCACAGGAUCCCAAACAAAAAGAGGAUGAGUUGACGCCCGUCAAUGUGAAACAAGGUUUCUCUCAUACACCAAAUCUGAAUCAAUCUGAGGAAUAUGGCUCUGCCAAAAAUCAUAACUUUUCUGUGUCCAAAGUUCAGACAUUCAUUAAUGGUGUACUUACAAAGAAACAGGAGAUUAAUAUGUUGCCUGACACUGGCCGAAAACGUCAGCUAAUAAACCCUAAAGAAAAUUUUCAUAAUGUUACACCAAAGUCAAAGAUGUUCAUUGAAUCAUGGUUUAAAGACUUAGCAGGCAGCAAGCCUUUGAUUAACCUAGGCAAAAGAGUGCCAAUAUUCAACAAGAAAGAGGAAAUUUUUAUCCAACUCAGUGAAUAUCAGGUUCCUAUGUCUAGAGCUAUUUGGUUAAUAAAGAUGACAUCUGCCUAUUCUAUGGCAAUUUCUGAGGCUAAAAUGAAGAAGCGUCAAGUACCAGAUUCUUCACAAGAAUGGACCAGUACUUUAGUCCGGUUUUUAAAAGAACAAAUUGUGAAACUACAAGAUUUCUAUCAAAAAUCAAUAAUUGUUGGAGGGGCUCAGGCUGUGUUUGCUUCCAAUGCUACAGCGUAUCAUAAUGGAAGUCCUCUGAUGACCGAUGAACAGAAACUUGCACUUCGACAGUUUAAUUAUUGCCAGCAGUUGUGCAAAGUCAUGUUUGAGGAAGGUCUCCUUGAAUGCCAGGAUUUCUUACAGUGGCAACUGGAUAUGUUGGAAAAAUGCAAAACAUGUGAUGACGGUCUUCUCAAGUUUGUUGUUCCGAUGAUAUUACAGUAUGUUGAGGAAUUCACGCAGUGUGAAAUUCUGAGUCGGAAACUUGUUUUUCAGGUGUGUAGAAGAAUAUCACCCCUCCUGUCGAACGAUCAAAGCAAUGAGGGAUCAGUUUCAUUGGACGUAGGCAAUUGUGGCCAGCACAGGAGCGUUCUUAUCCAGAUGUCGGCAAUUAUUCAAGCAGUCGUUCUACAUUGUCCGACGGCGUUAGUGUGGAAUCAUGCCGGGGAAGGAAAGAUGUCAUCUCAUUUGGUUGGAUCUCCUCUGGAUCAGUUGCCGCUUCCGCCUUCAGCGUUGCCAAUGGCUCCACGUUUUUCGAACGAUCAUGUCCGCGAAAUGUUGCGAGAUUCCGAAAAUAUUAUAAAACAACGUAGUAAAGCGGCUGAGGCACGUUGGCCUUUAGAUAAACUGAUUCGUAAUCUUGAGCCAAACUGCAGUACUAAAAAACAACAGUAUCAGCCGCAGACUGGUAUGGUCACAGCACGCGUGCUUCAUGCUCUGGAAGCAUUGGAUCUUCACAGUUUUGACCGUGUCGACUCAACUCACAGUAUCGAUUCACUGUACUCCAAACUAUUUCCUGCAAUUGGUGGAAACAAAGGAAGCCUUGAUCAUGCAACUGCUGAACAAGUUGAUCAGUUCGCCAAGCAGGAUGAGCCUUAUGUUCGCUUACUGUGCCAAUGGGCAGUUAGUGAUCAACGCUGUGGAGAACAUAGAGCGAUUGCAGCUGCUUUGCUGUUAGAAAAGAGGCAAUCAGAUUUGGUGACUUUAACAGAAACUGAUGGAGCUGGAGCGGACGACAAUGAUACGGACGAAAGCUCUUCCGCAAUUUCGGCUUUGCUACCGAUUUAUCAGGGUUUUUUGAUGAAAUUUCUCGACUCAGAAGCCCCGGUGCUAAAUGAACCAGUCCCAGGGCAUAACAAUCGGACAGUUUUUGCUUCUUUGGUUCAUCUGUUCCAUGAACUUAUCAAGCAUGACGUGUUCUCUCAUGACAUGUAUAUGUGUACCCUAAUUUCGCGGGGCGACCUUCUGUCAGUUACACCGUGCCACAAUGGAACCACAGUAACCCCGUCAACAACUGGUCAUUUCGCCGGCACCCCAAGCAGUGGAAUGAGCAGCUUAACGGGAUUCCAGAGCAUGAAUGAUUUACGUUGCGAAAUGGACGACAGUAAAAUUGAUGACGACCUAGGAAAGCUAUUGCAGCAUAUCAAAGAGGAACAACAGAUCGUUAUGGACACCCCCGACUCUCCCAAAGAUGAAAAUCAUAGCACACUUGAACCUGGUCGUGGUGAAAAGGAGGGUAAACGCCAGUCGAGGCACCUCUUGUUCACGACCCACUUCCCCUUACCUCAGGAUGACAGUUUAACCCACGACUGUAACCAGCGACAUAUUUUGUUGUAUGGAGUAGGAAAAGCACGCGAGGAAUCUCGUCAUGCCGUCAAAAAGGUCUCCAAGGAAAUGUGUCGUCUUUUCCAUAAAAAGCUUGCCAUCGACGUCCAAACAGAAGGGACUAAUUUAGCGGGAGGUGUCGGAGCAUUUGUUGGUUCUACCAAAUCACGGAAACAUUCAUCUCGUCUCGAGUUUAAUUUCGAGCUCAGCAUGCAACGCUUUUUAGCCCUUUCUUACUUUGAUCGUCAUGCCGUAGCUGCCCAGGCAGCCUCGACUUGUAUGGAAAUGAUCAAUAGCUUUAUUGUUGGAGGAGCAGCUUAUCUGCCAGUCUUGGAGCAUAUAUCCUUCCUGUUCGAUCUCUUUGAAGUUUCGCUGAGCAUCAGUGGCCUCAUAGACUUGUGUCUUCAACUUCUCAAAGAACUUCCUGAAGUGGAGCUGCUGUUGUCUCAAAGAAAUUCUGUCCUCAGUCGUAGCUACCUGACUAAUGUAGGCCUUUACGUUGUUGGAGUUCUUCGUCGUUUCCACUGCUGCCUACUCCUAUCACCUGAAUCAACUGCGAGUGCGUUUGAAUCACUUUGCCGUAUUGUGAAGCAUGUUACGAAUCCAGCCGAUUGCAGUUCAGCUGAACGCUGUAUCCUAGCGUAUUUGUACGACUUGUAUAGUUGCUGCUCCUUUCUUAAGGCUAAAAAUGGUCAGUUGGAUUCAUCGCUUGCCAAUUCAAAUUCAUCUUCUAGUCGCAGUAGUGGUGGCGUGGCUCUGAAUACUGGCAGCGAAGUGUUCGCAUUCUCAAAUGCUUACCCGAAAAUCAAACAAACCAUUUUCGCCCCUGUCGUGUCGCUGCCAAAAUCCCUUCAUCCGCUAAACCGGGAUUUUCUCCAGGACUACAUAACCAGCCCACGCCGCAAGCCCGAGCCCCAUAUCUUACGUCAAUUAUCAGAUUCUGCACAGUUGCGUUACAGCUUCGUCUGCAACGUCGUCGUAGCCGUAUGCAAUGAAGUUGACAAUGACAAACUCAAUGACAUUGCUCUCCUUUGUGCUGAAUUGACUGCCGGAUGCUCUGCGCUCUCUGCCGAAUGGCUAGGAGUGUUGACAACGCUCUGCUACUCGGCGUCUACCUAUAUGGAUGUCCUGACGCAGGUCGAUGUUCAGGAUAACUCAAUCCACCAUAAUCUAGCCGUGUUAUUUUCAGUGCUCCUGGCACGGCACUGCUUCGGCCUUCAGGAUUUUUUGCUCUAUGUUGGAGUUCCUUCCCUAGUUAAAAUAUGGAACGAAGGAGGCCGCUCUGAUACCGAUCCGGAAGCUGAAGCUGGCGCACGUUUGACUUGUCAUCUCGUGUUGAGGCUGUUCAAGACAUCGGAUGCUCCACACCCUGCAUGUUAUAGCAGUAGCAGCCACAGCGUGAAUGCAUCACCUCAUCACACACUGCAACAAACCGCCACCUCCUCUGCGUUGGGUGUCAAACUGGCGUGCGAUCGGCAUCUAUUGGCGGCUACGCAUAAUAGUAUAUCAGUUGGCCCCGUCUUAGCAGUACUAAAAGCUAUCCUUGUGCUGGCAGAUCGCGUGCCACCGGAAGGUAAAGGCAGUCGCGUGACCGGCAGCAGCGGUGGCAUGAACAGCAAUAGCAACAGAUUAGGUGGAGGUGGCAACGCCAUGGCCAACGAAGUCAGCAUUUCCCACAUAUUGGGUACGUCUUGGAGCGGCGACCUAGACUUGGACAUUGGUUCGGCAAAUUUUGGAGUCGGUGGUGGCCGCAAUAGUUUUGGAGUUGCUACAGAGAACGUGCCUUUGGCUUCCUACGCCAGAUAUGUUCUCAGGCAGAUUUGCUCACAGCCUUGGGUUCAUCAGCGUUGUCUUCAAAACCCCGAAGAAUUGUUGAAGCUCGAUGGUCUGCUAGAUAGCUGUUUGAGCUUGCGUCAAGCUCAGCGUCUCCUUCAGAUGAUAAGUCGACCUGAUUCAGGAGCCACCGCUGCCGACGAACACACCAACAAUGAACAUCAAGAUUAUCGUCAGGUGGUUAAUCGUGUUUUGGAGAGCCUCGAUCAAUGGCGGCUGCGAGUUGCUUGGUUGGAUCUGCAACUGUUAUGCCAGCAGUUGACGACGGUAGGCAGUGGUGGGACAUCGUCCGCCGACAUGAAUCAAUUACUAGAAGCGAUAGCUCGCGCCGUGCUUGACGUAUUCGAGUUAUCCACAACAUCAAGCAUUAAAGAGGACCCCGAUCAAGGCGGAAGUUCGAGUGCUUUGAAGAAACGAUCUGAAUCAGCGGCUACAGUGGCUUCUUCAGUUUCGGCAACCCCGGCCAAAACGCAACCGAAUCUGUCCAUUUCCUUAAUUGCACCUUUAGUUUCGAAGCUACCAGGCUCCGUUCAAGGGCGGAUUCUCAAAGUGGCAAGUCAGGUGCUCGAAAUUUGCAAUUGGGGCCCGCCUUCCAAGGGAAAAGAUAAAGAGCGCAAUAUUCCAAACACCACGUCUGCAUUCCGUUCCAAAUCGCUGCUGUCGUACGAACCUCUUCUUUCCCUUGUGAUGACAUGCCUCAAAGGACAAGACGAACAACGCGAGGCUUUUCUUUCUUCACUUCAUUCUCAGUUGUCGCACUUCAUUUUCUUGCCUAAAGAAGAUCGUUUGUAUCAUGGUGAAGACGUCAAAGCCCGCCAGGCCAUGUUAGAAGCAUUGCAAUUGCGGUUUAGUCUUGUUGGCGGUUUGUUUGAUUCCAUUUUACGUAAUCCUACGGUAGUCAUAGACUGGGCAAUCCUGUUAACUCAACUAGUGACAGCUGGAGUAGUGGAUUUGUCGAAUAAUACGGAACUAUUUGCAACAUUGCAAGAUAUGCUAGCUACAUUGCUUCAUUCAACGCUGGUCACUGAUGGCCAAUCGGAACGCGGCGAAGAUAGUCGCAAGUAUUACCCGCUCCUCAUUAAGAAGCUGAAAAAAGAAUUAGCCGAACGCAAAAGUUCUCCAUCCAUCCAAUGUAUCAAGCAGCUUCUUCCUUUGCCCAAGCUAGCCAGCGAAUUCGUCACGUGCGAACCGUAUGGAACUCUGACUGAUAUCAAGGGUAACAAAAUCAGUGGCUUUGAUAGUAAUGACAAAAAGCAAGGACAUCGGCUCCAUGAAAAGCAACGGGUGUCUCCUUGGGAAAUAUUGGAAGGGCACAAAACAGUUGCCCCACUGUCUUGGGCUUGGUUUGGGGCCGUUCGUGUGGAGAGGAAACCUCUCCGCCACCAAGAAGUACAGCGGCUCUUACGUCAUCACACACAUGCUCUACAGAAACCAGCUUCUUACUAUCUGGAGCAUCCUCUCCUUCCACCGGAAGAUUUAGAACCUCCAGUAAUAGAGAAGACCAUUCCAAAAGAAGAAAUUUGCUUCAAAACGGAGCCGAUGUCCGACCAAUCACCGAGGGGAGGAACUAAGCGUGGCCAGAAAACGAAUCAGCGUCGACCGCGAGGCAGAAGAGGUGCGGCAGCAGCGGCUGCCGCCGCUGCAGCUGCAACGGUAGCGGGAGCACCGCCGGCUGUCGGUGGUUAUCAGAGCCCAGUGGCAUCUGGAAUGUAUCCACCUUCGCAGCCACCACCACAGUGGAACGCUUAUACUUCGCCAGCUCCACCUGCUUCUCAACAAGGAACAGUGCCCACAUCUGCUGCUUUCUUUCCCCAACAAUCAAUUGGCCCCAGAUUUCCAACCGAAAGACCGGGAACCCAGUCACGUCAGGCAUUGAGCAAUAUGCUGAGGCAGAGGCAUCCUGGUACACAGUUUGUGCCAGCUUCUGCUUCCAAUCCUUCUGGUACGAAUCCGGUUGCAGUACCAAAUGCCCCACCCACGGCAGGAGGAGGAGGAGGAACUAUGGCUAACAAUUCCCGAAUUGCGGGAGGUGUAGGAGGUGUAGGAGCUGGAGGUGCCAGUCAACCACAAUUUGCUGGCAUUUCGAUGGUAGAUAAACAGAGGCAGCAGCAAUUUAUCCGCCAGCAAAUACGGCAGCAACAUACUGGCGGUAAUGUUUUUGGCCAACAAGGUCCUCAGCAAACACAGCCCCAACAGCAGCAACCCCAACAACAACAACAACAGCAGCAGCAACAACAACAACAACAACAACAACAACAGCAGCAGCAGCAGCAGCAGCAGCAGCAGCAGCAGCAACAAGUGCAAAUGGCUCCUGUCGGCUUUGCUAAUAUACACACGCCAAUGAACCAGAAUAUGAACCAGAAUAUGAACCAAAAUUUCAAUAUGUUUCAAAGUGGGGCCCCUGGUAUGCAACAGCUCGUCAACCCACAACAGCAAGCACAGCCGCAACCAACACAGCAGCAGCAGCCUCAGCAGCAGGCAAUGAUUGGGCAGCAUUUCAAUCAAGCAGGUGGAAAUUUUCCCAUGCAACAAACGCAACCUCAAGGAAAUAUGAUUCUCAUGCAACAGCAACAUCAACAGCCCCAGGGGCGUGGAAUGAAUGCCCCAGCUAUGCGCCCUCCGUUUAUGCAAAGUGGAGGUAUGCAGAUAAAUUCGGCCCAACCAAAUCAAUUCGUACGAGGAGCUAUGCCGAAUACUUCCCAGCAGCAAGCAGUUCGAUUACAACAUCAACAAAUAGUGGCUAUACAACAGCAACAACAAAUGCAGCACAACAUGGGACAGCAGCAACAUAACCAGCACUAUCAUCAACCUUUUUAAAGCAAACGGAAAACAACGCUUUCAAUCCUGUGUAGUCCGUCUGUUUGAGCCAUUCAGAUUUUUUUUUAAGAAACAAGUAUUUUUUUUUAAUUCGAAAUACAAUUGAUACACGUGA